AUGAAGCGGAAAUUCAAAUCUGGCUACGCGAAGCGUGCAGAAAAGGUGCGCAAAAUACAAACAUCAGUGGCUGGGUCACGUGACAUUCAACAAUACUUCUCUUGCACCUCUGCUGCAUCUUCACGGGACCAUUCUGCUUCUCCUUCACCUGAAAAAGAACCAGCUACUUCUCUUCCUCCACCUGAAGAAGAACCAGCUGCUCCUUGUCCUCCUCCACCUGAAGAAGAACCAGCUGCCCCUUCUCCACCUACAGAAGAACCAGUUUCUCCUUCUCCUCCUCCACCUGAAGAAGAACCAACUGCUCCUUCUCCUCCUCCACCUGAAGAAGAACCAGCUGCUCCUUCUCCUCCACUUUCACCUGAAGAAGAACCAGCUGCUCCUUCUCCUCCACUUUCACCUGAAGAAGAACCAGCUGCUCCUUCUCCUCCACUUUCACCUGAAGAAGAACCAGCUGCUCCUUCUCCUCCACUUUCACCUGAAGAAGAACCAGCUGCUCGUCCACCUCCUCCUGAAGAAGAACCAGCUGCUCCUCCUCCACCUGAAGAAGAACCAGCUACUCCUCUUCCUCUACCUGAGGAAGAACCAGCUGCUGCUCCUCCUCCUCCUCCACCUAAAGAAGAACCAGCUCCAGCGGGGAGCUAG